AUGAUAUCUGGAGGCGUAAAUGAAGCCAAACCUGCCACUCCAGAAAUCCAGGAGAUCGCUAACACGGUUAAACCACAGCUUGAAGAAAAAACAAAUGAGACUUAUGAAGAAUUUGAAGCUGUGGAAUAUAAAACUCAAGUGGUUGCUGGAAUUCAUUACUACAUUAAGAUACGAGUAGGUAAUGAUCGUUAUAUUCACAUAAUAGUAUUCCAGAGCCUUCCUCAACAAAAUCAGCCUUUGGCACUUAUUGGCUACCAGGCUGACAAAAGCAAGGAUGACGAGCUCACCGGCUUCUAG